GCGGAGUUCCCUCUGUCUGCUCCUUCCUUAUCACAGCUCAUGGCGGGCGGCGAGCAGAACGGGGGAGAAGGCAUCCUCGGGGAGCCGCUUCCUCCUUCUCACGAGCCGCCGCAGUCCCUCACUCAGGGGUUCCCCGAGGAGCAGCCCCAGCCCGGCCCGCCUCACGGCGAGGAUGAGCAGGAGGAGGACGGCGAAGAGGAAGAGUCAGAGCGCUCAGAGGAGCGGCUGAAGGGGGUGUUGGAUGAAGACACCGCCGCUGAGGGACUCCACACCUUGGGCUACUCAGCCCCUGGGACUGAAUAUGCUUAUCUUCAUCUGUCACUUCCAGGUCGAGAGCUGAGUGACAUCAGCAUUCUCUCUGGAUACAUUCACCUGCAGAAAAUGGAGCUUUCCUCCAAUAAAAUUAAUGAUCUUUCCUGUGUCAGUCACAUGCCUUAUUUAGUAGAGCUGAAUGCUUCCAAAAACAAACUGACCACGUAUUUCAGUUUUAAGGCACCUAAAAACCUCAAGGAAGUAGAUUUUUCACACAAUCAAAUCCCAAAAAUGCAAGAUUUGUCAGCAUAUCACUCACUCACCAAACUCCUGCUGGAUUUUAACGAGAUUGAGGAGAUCCGAGGGCUGGAGAAGUGUCACAGCCUGAGCCAGCUGGGUUUGUCACACAACAGACUCACCACCAUCCAGGGCCUGGAGAAUUUGCCCAUCAGAAUCCUCAACCUGAGCUUUAACCAGAUUGAGAAGGUGAAUGGGCUGAAGACCUUGAAAGCUCUGCAGAGGGUGGAUCUGUCCAAGAAUAAAAUCAACAGUCUGCAAGGCUUGGAGGAGCACAAUCUACUGGAGGUGAUCAACCUGGAGGAUAACCAGGUGGCUGAGCUGAGUGAGCUUAAAUGGAUUGAAGAUCUGCCUCUCCUCAGGGUUUUAAAUCUUCUAAAAAACCCUCUGCAGGAAGAGGAAGGUUAUUGGCUCUCAGCGAUUUUCAUGUUGCUCCAAGUCACAGAACUGGAUCUCAAGGAGGUUUCUGUGGAAGAAAAGGUCGCUGCUGUGAAUAAAGGGGACCCUCCUCCAGAAGUUGUGGCUGCUGAAGAUCACAGGACUCACCUUUUGUACAACUUUAAGCGGCCCCAGAGAGUCCUGGACAGCACUUUGCUUGAUGCUGGUGACCCCUACCCCAUGCUGGUGUUACUGGGCCCUCUGGCCUGUGGGAAGAGGCAACUUUCUCUCAAAAUCUGCAAAAAACUCAAGAAUUUCUUCAGAUUUGGGCCCUGUCACACCACCAGGACAGCUUAUUUUGGGGAAGAAAACAGACUCGAUUAUUAUUUCAUUUCUCAAGAAGAAUUUGACAAAAUGGUGAAAGCAGGGGAAUUUCUGGCAACCUACGAGUACAGCGGCCACCGCUAUGGACUGGCAAGGGACACCCUGGAAUCCAUAGCCAGGGAGGGGCUGGGUGCCUGUGUCCACCUGGAAAUUGAGGGUGUUCGUAGCUUGAAAAAUACCCACUUUAAACCCAGGUACGUCCUGCUGGUACCGAAGGACAAAGAGAAAUAUAAAGAACACCUGAGGAGGACAGGAUUGUUCAGCAGGCUGGAAAUCGAGGAGGCGCUGUCCAGAGUGGACGUGUACCUCCAAAUAAACCACGGCUUCCCCGGCUACUUCCACGCGCUCAUCAGCACGGAUGAUCUGGACAAGGCGUUCACAGAGCUGACUCACCUUGUGAAGGUCUACCUGGGCUUGGAGCCACCUGAAAUUCUGGACAACAUUGAAGGCGUCAGGAGCAGGGCAGGUAAAGGGGCUGGGAGCUCCGGAUCUCCGCUCUUCCCAGAGGAAAGGUCGGGCAGAGGAACUCCCGUGCGCGUUCGCUCUCCAUCCCUCGGUGACUUCUUGGAUCCUUUUCCCAAAACCUAUCCCAGAGAUCUGCUGGACGUGCUGAGCGCGCCGCCAGGCUCCAUGGAAGAAGCCUCUCUCCAAAGACAUUUCUCUGCAGCACGUCAGGUGCUUCAUUUCCACAGGGAUUUGGAUCCUGAAUCCAGGAGCUCCCGCCAGCAGCUCCUGAAACCAAUCCCAGCUCUGUCCUCGGAUGCCAGGAACAUCCUCCAGGAGCAGAACCCGUCCCUGGCUGCCCCAGAGAGCAGGGAAUUUGGGCAUAUCAGGGGACACGUUUUUGUCCCACCUGAUGCAGCUCUCACCGAAAGUCUGUGGACCAAGUUUCCCAUUCCUCGGAGGCAGCUCCCAGGAAAAGCCAGAGCCGAGCAGGAGGAGCCAGGAGGAGCUGGAAAAGGAGUGGACAUAUCGAGAGAGACUGAAGUGCCUGGUGAGAACCUCCUGAGGAAAUCCAGCAAGGCCAAUUUGGGUUCUUCUCCUGUGCCUGGUGAGAACAUCCUGAGGAAAUCCAGCAAUUUGGGUUUUUCUCCUCUGCCUGCUGAGAACCUCCUGAGGAAAUCCAGCAAGGCCAACUUGGGUUCUUCUCCUGUGUCUGGUGAGAACCUCCUGAGGAAAUCCAGCAAGGCCAAUUUGGGUUCUUCUCCUGUGCCUCAGCUCCAAUCCCAGCCAGGUUCCCACUCCAAACCUGUCCUGCCUCCAAUCCCACCUGGACAGAAAAGCACCGACCCCUGA